AUGGCCACCAUCACCUCCAUCGGCAUCGGCAACAUGGGCGCGGCCCUGGCCUCCGCCCUUCUCAAAUCCGCCAACCCCCCUCAACUCACCAUCUGGAACCGCACGGCCGACCGUCCCCAGGUCAAAGCCCUCAUCACCUCCGGCGCCACCUUCGAGCCCUCCCUCACCGCCGCCAUUGCCCGCAGCACCACCAUCCUGAUCUGCCUGCUCGACUACGCGGCCAUCACCACCGCACUCGCCCCCCUCUCCGCCACCACCUCCACCACCGACAACAACGACACCCCCGGCCCCCUCACCGGAAAAACAAUCAUCAACCUCACCAACGGCACGCCCACCCAAGCCCGCGCCAUGGCCGCCACGCUCACCGGGCUCGGCGCGGCCGCCUACUUCGACGGUGGCAUCAUGGUGACGCCGCAGCUGGUGGGCACGCCGGCGUCCUUUGUCAUUCUGAGCAGCGGCGGCGGCGGUCACGGUACCAGCCAGGCCGAGUUUGAGGAUGGUGGCGUGGCGGCGCUGCUGCAGCCGGUGGGCAAGGUGGAGUACGUGGCCGGGGACGAUGCGGGCGCGGCGUCGCUGUAUGAUGUGGCGGCGUUGACGGCCAUGUAUGGCAUGUUUAUGGGGGCGUUUACGGGGAUUGCGUUGUUGGGGAAGCAGAAGGGGCAGGAUGAUGGAGGGGAGAAGGGGGUGGUUCAAGAAGGCGGUGGAAUGGGGCGGCGGGCAUGCGGAAUAUCCUGCAGACGUGUGAGGAGGAGGGCGUGGAUGGGACGGGGAUGCGGUUUAUCUCGCAGCUCAUGGAUCGCGCGGUGGAGGAGGGGUUUGGAGCCGGUGGUGUCGCGGCUAUCGCGAAGUAUCUGUUUAAGUGAGGACGGAGUGAUCCUCGGGAGUAGGGACGGGGCAGGUGUGCACAUCUAG